AUGGAUAAAAUCAUUAUUGAAUCGUCAUUGGUUAAUUCUCUAUUCAAAUGUCCACUCUGUAAUGAACUUAUACAUUCAGCUACAGUCAUUAAUGAAUGUUUACAUCGAUUUUGUAAAUUAUGUAUAACAAAUUAUUUUCAAAAUUCAAAUAAUAAUACUUGCCCAUUAUGUCAGAUGAUGGUUAUUAAUCCAUUAGAAACAUUAAGUUCAUUAGAUUUAUUCCCGAAUGAAUCACCGAUAGAAUUAUCAAAAUGUUAUUUAGAAUGUCCAGCGAAUACACCCUUAUUAUCCAUAGAAAAAUUUCUUCGAAUUAAAUAUUCAUUAUUAUCAACAAUAAAAAUCGAUUUAUUUUAUAAAACAUUUUUAUUAAAUACUGAUAAAGAACGAUUGAAUGAUAUAUGUUAUUGUUUUGAUAUACGAAAUAAAACACUUGAUAUUCGAUUUGUUAUUAGUCCAUAUGGUUAUCAAGCAAUACUUCAACGUAUUCAUCAAUCAAAACAACCAAGUCCAUUAAAAAUUGAAAUUUUAGCACCUACGAUUAGUUCUUCGUUAUCUUCUACCGGUUCAAUAGAUUCAACACUUAAAGUCAAAUUAUGUCGAUCACAAAGUUCAACAAAUGAUUGGUAUAUUCCUCAAUCAAUUGAACUACCUGAUCUAAUUAAUUCAUGUGAAAAUCGAACAAAAUAUAAAAAAUCGUUAUUAAAAAAGAAAUUUAAUAAACCUCGACGACGUAUACGUUUUAUUCCAACAAUGGUUAAAGUUCCACCAUCAAUAUUCGAUUGUCUUUCAAAUAAUCGAUAUGAUUUUAAUACAUUUCAAUCAAAUGAAAAAAUGAUCAACACUGUAUCGAAUACUAAAUCAAUGAUUUCAAUUACAAAAACAAUUUGUAAAGUUUCACCAUAUAUUCGUGAAAGUUCUUCAUCAAUAAUCGAAUCAUCCUUCUUAGAAAAAUCUUCCUUAUUUAAUAAUACUCCGCUUGAUUUAAGUUUAAAAUAA